AUGGCUUCACCGCCAGCGCCGGACACCCAGGCUCAGCCGACCGACGACCACCUACUAGAGUUGCUAGCGGCUGGAGGCGAUCUGCUCGAUGACGAUGACGACGAUGACGACGACGACGACGACGACAAGAGCACACCCUCGGAUGAAAAAGGCAGACGCCCAACUCUUGCGGACGAGAUGGGCGAAGGAUUCCAAGAGAAAGAUAAUGAACAACCCGGCGAGGCUGGCGACGAGAAAGAUCAACAGGAGCAGGCGGGCCAGGGUGGAGUAGCCGGAGACACAAAUGAUAGACAACUCGGCGUUGCUGGCGAUGAGAAUGAUCAACAAGAGCCGGCGUCCGAGGAUGAACCAGUUCGAUACGGAGAGGGUGAACAGCCCAUCAUUGCUGCCAAGGGACAUGACAUUGCUGCCAAGGGACAUGAUCGAAAGGAGCCGGCAGGCCAGGGUGGUACAGCCAGAGACAAGAAUGAUGGACAACUCGGCGUUGCUGGCGAUGAGAAUGAUCAACAAGAGCCGGCGUCCAAGGAUGCACCAGUUCGACACAAAAAGGAUGAACAGCCUAUCAUUGCUGACAAGAGACAUAAUCAACAAAAGCCGGCGUCCAAGAAUGCACCAGUUCGACACAAAAAGGAUGAACAGCCCAUUAUUGCUGACAAGGGACAUGAUCAACACAAGUUACCCAAGCACAAGAGCUUCAGCUUCCUUACCAGCCUUGCUGCUUAUUGGCCCGCCCUGCUCGCCUGUGGACUCUUGCUCACCACGGCGCUGGCUACUACAUGGGGCUUCCAGCAACGCCAGGAGGUUGCCAGACUCGAAAUGGCGCUCCUCGGCAAAAGCAACAUCAUUGUGUACAACUCAUCGACCCUUCUUAGCACCGGCUUCGACCCAAGCAACAUCACGACACGCAUGACACUGCUUCCACCAUCUACCUUUCCCGAGAGUCCAGAAGCAGGACUAACAGCUCUACGCUACACGCUCGAAAUGCUGCCCCGUACGCACAUCUCCGCGGGCCUUCAUACCACCUUGUCGAGCAGUCUUCAAGAAGCCGAGGCCACGUUCCGGCAAGCUCUUGACAGAGGUAACCGCACGCUAGCCACGGGACCUCCCACAACCGGCACUCGUACCACCUCAUCAAUCACGGACAUCUACCCGAUCCCAUCAAAUCUCGCGGUCAUCUCCUCUCCCAGUUCAUGCCACUUGGAGCGCCACAUCUGCGCCGUCCGCGAACUCUACAUUGCCCGCGACCUUGCGAUCCGCGAGAAGGACCUCUGGCGAAACGAUACUGCCGCACCAGCCACGCGCAGCGUCGAAGUCUCCCGCUGGAUGCAGGAGUGGAACGAUAUGGUGCGCAAGUGCGCGAUGGCUCUGCUGGCGAGGAGAAAGCGUCGCUUGCAUGGUGUGGCUGAGGUUCGAGACUCCUCGGAGUAUGAAGAGUGGGAGGACUGGCAUGAGGAUUUCUUUGUGUAG